AGCAGUCAGUCAGUCCCCGUUGCUUUUGCGGGAACGUGCUCCGAAGCAGCCGCCCUAUCCCCCCCUCCUCUUCCCUUUUAUACCACGUCGCCGGUCCGUCGCAAAGCUUCUCCUCUUUCCGCGUCUGCCACUCGUCCCUCCUGGAUCAGCUGCGGAGUGAAAGAUCCGGCCUUUUUAGCUGUUUGUGGUCAGUGAGUGGUUUGAUCGGUGGUGGUGGUUGGCUUCGGGGAGUUGCACCACCGGGAAGGUGAGUUGUUGGUUGGUGUGCGGUGGUGGUGCGAUACGAUGGACUCCGGCAACAGCGGGAGCCUCCAGUCGUCGAGCGGCGGCGGCGGCGACGACGAGUUCGACUCGCGGGGCGGAGGCGGAGGGGACGUCGACUCCUCCCCGCUCUCCGCGCUGCUCCGGCCGUCGCCGUCGCCCUCGGCCGCCGCGUUCUCGCUCCACGGGUCGGCGCUCUACGGCCUCCAAGAAUUCGCAUCCGCGCCUCCGCAGCAGCGGCAGCAGGCGGAUCCCUGGUCGGGGGCCUCGGGGCUGCUUACCGGCGCCGCAGGGGCGUCCUCGUCGUCGCCGCGAGUCGCGGGCUCCGACCCGGGCGCUCGCCCGCAGGCUGACACGUCUGCGACGGCGCAAGGGGCGGCCGCAGCGCAUGCGCCGGCGCCACCGAGGGGCUCGCGGAAGCGGACACGGGCGUCGCGGCGGGCGCCGACGACGGUGCUGACCACUGACACAUCCAACUUCCGCGCCAUGGUGCAGGAGUUCACCGGCAUCCCGUCCCCGCCCUUCGCCGCUGGUGUCGGUGCCCCCGCCGCGUCGCUCCGCACCCGCUUCGACCACCUCUUCCCCUCGCCGUCCUCCCUGCGCUCCGCUGCCGGCGCGGCCGCCGAUACCGCCUCGCUGCCGCCGUACCUCCUCCGCCCGUUCGCGCAGAAGCUCCCCACGGCCCCCUCCACUUUCCCGCCGUUCACGUCGUCGUCAUCGUCCACGCCCUCCUCGUCCAACAUCGGCGUCGCCAAUGCCAAUGCUACGACGGGCACGGCCACCACAGCAGCAGCAUCCUCCAACCCGACCGCCCUGGCAGCGGCCGGAGCGGGUGACACCUUCCAGCUGACGUCCUCCGCGCUUCUCCGGCUGCACGACCCCAACAGCUACCUCUCCUUCCAGAACCUCCUCGACUCACAGCCCUCGUCGCAGUCCAUGUUCGGCGCGGCGGGCGGGUUCGCGCAGGCCCCGCGGCUGCACGAGCCGUCGCCAUUGCCGUCGGAGUUCCUGGCCGGCGUGGGCAGCGGCCUCACCCACGGCGGACUGAUGGGCUCCGAAGGGCUGCACUUGCACCAAAGAAGCGACGUCCACCUCGGCGGCGACGAGCUGUCGGGCGUGGUCGCGGGCGGCGGCAGCUGCAAGCUGAACUACUCCUCCCACGCCGGCGCGGCCACCUCGUCAUCGGCAACAGCAAGCACAGACAAGCCACCCGACGGCAGCGGCGGCGCGCCCGGGCCCGGCAGGCCCGGACGAGGCGAGGGCCUAGACUCGUGGAUUUGUACAUCGGAGUAAGGAUCGAAGAGAGCUAGCGAUGCAUGCUGCUUUCUCGGUUUCGUCCUGUGAGCUACGGCUGCGGAGACGAGCCGAACCGAAUCCGCCAUGCAUGACAAACAAAGGUUUGAUUAGCCUUUUAGCUUACACCUUUUGCUACUACAUUUUUAAUCACUUCUUUCUUGAGGCAGUAAUCGUAGCCCUUUGUACAUUAAAAACCUCAUCUUGAUUC